CCGAAAAUGUUAGGCAAAACAACUAAACUGGAAAUUUUCUCAAUUUUAUUUUUCCUGUUGUAACCGCCGGAUAUACUCGUAAACAAUGAAAUAUAAUCCAUCUUUGUGCACGAAUUUUACAAAAUUUAUUUCAAAAAGUCAAUAAGAAAUUUAGUGUUUGCAUGGAAGUGUUUGUGAAAUGCCAAACGGAAGUAAGAAGCGACCAGAUACGCUUGAAUUAGAGGUGCUCGGUAGUCAUCAUAAUGAAAUAUCCGAUGAUGAAACUGUUAAUAAAGAACCACGUACAUCAAAUACACUAAACAAUAAAUCCUCAAUCAAUACGGAUACCAAAUUGCAAAAUGAAGAGGAAACCGUAACCACGACACGACGACGUUGGUUUCAAUUUGGGCGCAAAGCUCAUAAACGCUCAACAUCAGCUGACAGAAAGCGCAGCCACAACACUGCCCCCACUUUAGCAAAGCCAGAAGCAACAACAAUCGCUAACUCCACCAACACAAUUACCACACCACUAGCAAACUUGCCAACACAUCAAACAAUACCGGAUGUUGCUGCUGUAUUGCCGCGCAGUAAUUCCAAAAAACGUCGCAGUAAAACACAAAGUGAAAGCCUCUAUAGUUUAGCUACACUAGCACAAACUGGCGAAAUCCAAAUACUACAACCGCAUUCUGCACCGAACGUGCACAAUAAGCACGAUGAUUCAUCCGUGGUAUGGACGCCACCACAGCAAAUCCGUCCGAAUUCAGCAGACAAUAUUAUAUCAGUUGCGAAAGCAAAGGAUGCUGAGAGCACUUUAUGUAAUCUAGAAGCACAAGAACAAAAAUUUCUAAACCCUUAUGGAUUUCGUGAUACACGUGAACAAGUUUUAUUAACAACGGAAGUUGAAGCAGAAGAUGAAAUUGAUGAUCCACAGUUUUCACGUAAAAAUGUGGCAACUGGAUUUUUUGCUAAUAUUAUGUCAAUCUUCAGUAAAUUGGCAAUUUGGAAGCAUAGUAAUUGUUGUAGACGUCGUUCAAUAGCCAAAACCAAUGGUAAUGGAAGUGAAAGUAUUGCUACACGGAAAAGUUUGAAUGCCAGUUCGGACUUUGAACAGUUCUCAGCUACUCCUGGCGGCAGUAGCGUCUUUUCAACUGCCAAAGAAAAAGGGAUAAAACGGCUGUCGCAAAUACGGCGUCGACGCAGUUCUUAUUACUUUUCUGAUAAUGAACGCAGAAUACGUGCCAAUGAUAGAGAAUUUAAUGCCCAAUUUAAAUAUGCUGACAACUUCAUUCAUACAUCGAAAUACUCGCUGCUGACGUUUUUGCCACUUAAUCUUUUGGAACAAUUUCAACGUCUUGCCAAUUUUUAUUUUCUUUGCCUUCUAGUACUGCAACUGAUACCAGCGAUAUCCUCACUGACGCCAGUAACUACGGCCAUACCAUUAAUUGGCGUACUAACGCUGACAGCUGUUAAGGAUGCCUACGACGACAUUCAAAGACAUCUGUCGGAUUCACAGGUGAAUAAUAGAAAAUCCAAACUACUUAAACAUGGAAAAUUGGUGGAUGCAAAAUGGUCAGGAGUGCAGGUUGGUGAUGUCAUACGUUUGGAAAAUAAUCAAUUUGUCGCUGCGGACAUACUCCUGUUAACAACAUCUGAACCAAAUGGCUUGUGUUUCAUUGAGACAGCUGAGUUGGAUGGCGAAACGAAUCUUAAGUGUAAGCAAUGUUUAACAGAAACCGUAAGAAUGGGACAAGAUGUUGAGCAACUAUGGACGUUCAAUGGAGAAAUCAUAUGUGAGAGGCCAAAUAAUUUAUUGAAUAAAUUCGAUGGCACAUUAAUAUGGAGAAGCCAAAGAUACGCAUUAGAUAAUGAAAAAAUCCUUUUAAGAGGCUGUGUACUGCGUAACACGCAAUGGUGCUAUGGUGUUGUGGUCUUUGCCGGCAAAGACACCAAAUUAAUGCAAAAUUCUGGUAAAACACAAUUUAAAAGCACUGGCGUUGAUAGACUAUUAAAUUUUAUUAUAAUUGGUAUUGUACUUUUUCUACUUUCUAUAUGUGCAUUUUUUACCGUAGCUUGUGCUAUUUGGGAAGGUAUGAUGGGCCAAAAUUUUCAGGUGUAUCUGCCUUGGGAAAAUAUAAUUCCUAAAGAUAUAGCACAAGGCGCCACCGUUAUUGGUUUGUUAGUAUUUUUUUCUUAUGCAAUUGUUUUAAACACUGUUGUGCCAAUAUCUCUCUACGUUUCAGUAGAGGUGAUACGUUUCGUCCAAUCAUUUCUUAUAAAUUGGGACGAAGAUAUGUACUAUGAACGUACGAAAACACAUGCCAAAGCUCGUACCACCACACUUAACGAGGAACUGGGACAAAUACAAUAUAUCUUUUCGGAUAAAACCGGAACAUUAACACAAAAUAUAAUGACGUUCAAUAAAUGCAGUAUUAACGGACGCACCUAUGGUGAUGUCAUCGAUAUGCGUACCGGAGAAGUUAUCGAAAUAACAGAUAAGCAAAAUAAUCAAGAAACAUGCAACAAAAGCACAUCGACAACAUUUUUAAUACAUAAAGUCGACGUACAUCCGAAAACAGACUCCAUAUUAGUCGCGGAAGAUGACGGAGUAAAUACAACGACGAAAACAUCAACAACAACACCAAUAACCUCAACACCAUCUCCAAAUUUACCAAUAUCCGCACCAUCAGAUGUUGUCAAUACUGCAAAUAGAACUUUUGACGAUUCAUCGCCAUCCAUAUUAGUCACAGAAGAUAACGGAGUAAAUACAAUGACGAAAACAUCAACAUCAACACCAAUAACCUCAACAUCAUCUCCAAAUUUACCAAUAUCCGCACCAUCAGAUGCUGUCAAUACUGCAAAUAGAACUUUUGAAGAUUCAUCGCCAUCAUCAUUAAAUUCUAGUAAUGCGGACAUACCAACCAGUACGAAACGUAAAAAAUGUUAUUUUAAUCGUGAAGAGUCUUUUCAAUCGAUUUCAUCUGGGAACAUCCCUGUGGACACUACACAAAAAUCAACACGACGUCGUACAGGCAGCGAAAGUGAGAAAGUAAUAGUUAACGAUUUGCCAGAAAAAACACCAUAUAACUCAGUUAACCACAACAACAACAGCAACAAUAACAGCAAUAAAAAUACAUAUAAUGCCAACAAAAAAAUGACAGCAAACGUCACUAGUAACAUUGAUGUAACUGAUGAGAAUGCAAUAAUAACACCAAAAACAACAUUUACAUCAGCACCUCUUGCACCCAUUUCUGCAAUUCCAUUAUAUUCACCACCUUCAUAUCUGCAAUCACCAUUAAAUUCACCACAUUGUGCAAUGCCCAUACUAAAUUGCUCAUGUAAACAAAUUGAAAAGCACCACUCCAUUGCAACAAAAACAAAUUACAAAGAAAGCACCAGUAGCAAAACAAACGCCAAUAAUAACAACAGCAGCGCCAUCUACAGGGACACAUCCUGUUGUACGCAAAUUUAUUUGUGCCAAAAUGAUCACACAAAUACAAAAAGCUAUAACAAUAUAUAUACCUGCACCAAAGUUAAUUCUAAACACGAUAUCAGCACAACAACACCAAAAAACAACAACAACCGCACUAAAACCACCGAUUUUAUAGUUAACACAGACACUUAUGCUAAUAAUUGGACUUAUGCCACCACACAUCAGAAAGUGCACGCUAUUAAAAGUGUCGAUUUCUCCGAAAAUCCCGAAUAUGAGCCAGAUUUUCGAUGGUAUGAUAAAACUCUACUGGAUGCAGUGCGCUCUGAUGAAGAGCAUGCACAUAACUUUUUUCGUUUGCUGGCGCUAUGUCACACAGUAAUGGCUGAAUAUGUAGAUGGCAGACUUGAAUAUCAAGCCCAAAGCCCCGACGAGGCAGCCUUAGUAUCAGCGGCACGGAAUUUUGGUUUUGUGUUUCGAUCUCGGACGCCAAACAGUAUAACCAUUGAAGUUAUGGGUAGAAGUGAGGAGUACGAACUAUUAAAUAUUUUAGAUUUUAAUAAUGUACGCAAGCGCAUGUCAGUGAUAUUACGUCGUGGUAAUAAUAUAAUUCUAUACACUAAGGGUGCUGAUAAUGUGAUUUAUGAUAGGUUAAGUACUAGUCAAGAAGAUAUUAAGGCACGGACUUUGGAGCAUUUAAAUAAAUUUGCUGGCGAAGGCUUGCGUACAUUAGCGUUGGCCGAGCGUAGACUUGACGCAACUUAUUAUAACAACUGGAAUCAACGUUUUUUAGAUGCUUCAAUAUCUUUAGAUCACCGUGAAGAAAAACUUAAUGUCAUGUAUGAAGAAAUUGAAAGCGAAUUGAUGCUUGUAGGUGUAACAGCUAUUGAAGAUAAACUGCAGGAUGGUGUACCACAUACGAUAGCUAAUUUACAAGUAGCAGGCAUAAAAAUUUGGGUGCUUACUGGUGAUAAACAAGAGACUGCUAUAAAUAUUGGUUAUUCAUGUCAAUUGCUCACAGAUGAGCUAGCGGAUAUUUUUAUAGUUGAUGGUAGCUCACUGGAAGAAGUUGAGAAGCAGUUACGUCAAUUUAAGGAAUCAAUAAGAAUCGUCAAUAGAUUUAGACCCACACCGCUUGAGCCAGCUGUAAACUUGAAUUUAAAUGGUGCUCAUACAGCAAGAAGGAGUCCCUCAUCACCUUUGUCGCCAUUUAGAGCGCAAAUAUCACCACCGCCAGCACCAGCGAUAUCGGUUGUUACAUUUAGGUGGGAUGAAGAGAAUAUUAAAGAAAAUAGGGGCGAACCGGACAGUGCGGAAGUGAGUGAACUCUACGAUGGUCUCGAAAAAGGUAGCAGCGCUUCGGCACAUCAUUUGAAAGACGAUUUGGCUGACGAUAGCAGUGGGUUUGCGAUUGUUAUAAAUGGACAUUCAUUAGUGUAUUGCCUACUACCGGAAUUAGAAGAGAAAUUCUUAGAGGUUGCUUUACAAUGUAAAGCUGUUAUUUGUUGUCGUGUAACACCGCUGCAAAAAGCUUUAGUUGUGGAAUUAAUUAAACGUUCUAGAAAUGCUGUGACUUUGGCAAUAGGUGAUGGUGCAAAUGAUGUGUCCAUGAUAAAAGCUGCUCACAUUGGUGUCGGCAUCUCAGGGCAAGAGGGUAUGCAAGCAGUUCUCGCUAGUGAUUAUUCGAUAGCACAAUUUCGUUACUUAGAACGACUUUUAUUGGUGCACGGUCGUUGGUCAUAUUAUCGAAUGUGCAAAUUUCUAAGAUACUUUUUCUACAAAAAUUUUGCAUUUACACUUUGUCAUUGUUGGUACUCUUUCUUCUGUGGAUUCAGCGCCCAGACUGUUUUCGAUCCGAUGUUCAUAUCAGUAUACAAUUUAUUUUAUACUUCACUCCCUGUAUUGGCUUUGGGCAUCUUUGAGCAGGAUGUGUCGGACAAACAUAGUGUUGAUUUUCCAAAACUUUAUACCCCCGGUUUAAGAAGUCAACUAUUUAAUAUAAGAGAGUUUGUAUACAGCGUUCUACAUGGCGCAUUUAGCUCUCUUAUAUUGUUUUUAAUACCUUAUGGCACCUACAAAGAUGGCGUAUCACCCGAUGGUACUAUAUUAAGUGAUCACAUGACACUCGGUGCAGUGGUCGCCACCAUUCUAAUUAUAGAUAAUACAGCACAGAUCGCCAUUUAUACAUCAUACUGGACAAUAUUCAACCACAUUACUAUUUGGGGGAGUUUAAUUUGGUAUUUUGUUUUGGACUCCUUUUACAAUUAUGUAAUAGGUGGUCCUUACGUCGGUUCAUUAGCUAUGGCUGUAAAAGAUCUCACAUUUUGGGCGACUAUGAUUAUAACAGUUGUUGUAAUUAUGGCACCAGUUUUGGCAUAUAAAUUUUAUCUACUGGAUGUAUUUCCGAGCCUAUCAGAUAAGAUACGUUUCAAGCGUAAACAGGCUAGUCUGCGUUCCAGGCAAUCCAGCAGUGUCAUACGUACACCAUCAUCUAGGAGAGCAAGACGAUCUUUACGAUCUGGUUAUGCAUUUGCACAUCAAGAAGGAUUUGGUCGUCUUAUUACGUCUGGUAAAAUUAUGCGAAAAUUACCGCAAGAAUUUGCAUUCCCACUUGGCUUGGGUAGUAAAAAGUCACAAGGCGCAACUUCCGUAUCCAACGAAACAACAAGAGGUAAUCAAACGAGUAUCAAUGGAGAGAGCCAUAAUUCGAGUAUGGCAAGCGUUUUGCAUAACAAUGCAGGAAGCGGGAGUAAUACCAGCGCAAAAAUCGCCAAUUCGGACAGCAUCAGUCCACGAGCGCCGUACCAAGAUUUAGACACAAUUAACCUCUAGUCUACAAAGAAUGUAAUACAUAAAUAAGUAAAUACUUACUAUAAGCAAUUAAAAUUGAAGUCAUCA